AGGCUACAUUGCUUUAAAAUCGAGGUUAUGAGGAAGCUCUUGAAGGCAACACGUUCUCUCGCCCUCCCUCUCUGUUUUGUCGGAGCUUCCCACUGAACAGUUGGCCGUCCUUUUCCUUCUCCUCCCACUCAGCCAACACAAUAUAAACAUUUCUGUACUGUGAGAAGACUCCCCCAAAUAGUCCUCCUUGUUAGGGCACGCACACGGACACCGCCUGGAUACCAAGACAGAGUGAAAGAUGGCCCAAACCCACAGCCAAAGUUCAACUUUCCCUGAGAUAGUGGAGCUAAACGUAGGUGGGCAGGUGUAUGUCACCCGACUUGAAACUCUCACAGCGGUGCCAAGCUCUCUUCUCUGGGCCAAGUUCACGCAAAGCUCCCCGGGCGACUUGCCAAAAGACAGCAAGGGUCGCUUCUUCUUCGACCGGGAUGGCUUUCUGUUCCGAUACAUUCUGGAUUAUUUACGGGACUCGGAGCUUUUUCUGCCCGAGUUUUUCAAAGAGAGGAGGAGGUUGCAGAGAGAAGCAGACUUCUUCCAGCUCCCGGAGCUGUCGAGGCGCCUGGCAGCGGUCAGUAAAGACAGCUCGUACGCGGAGGACAGCGGGGAUGCGGAGGAGGCUGAGCUCAGCAGCCCGGUCACCUCUUCUUCGGACAGAGCCCUGGUCUCUCCUGGGGCCAACUCCGGCUACAUCACCGUCGGCUACCGAGGCAGUUAUACUAUUGGGAGAGACAUCCAGGCGGACGCCAAAUUCCGCAGGGUUGCCAGAAUAACAGUCUGCAGCAAGAUCUCUCUAGCCAAAGAGGUUUUUGGAGAAUCACUGAAUGAGAGCCGAGACCCGGACCGGCCGCCUGACAAAUACACCUCCAGGUAUUACCUCAAGUAUAACUUUCUGGAGCAGGCGUUUGACCGGCUGGCCGAGACUGGUUUCCACAUGGUGGCAUGCAACUCCACUGGGACCUGCUCAUAUGGCAGCAGUGACCCGGGGGAAGACAAACUGUGGACCAGCUACACCGAGUACAUUUUCUGCCGAUGAACGGGUGCAGGAGCAGGCUCCAUCCAGGCUUACGACUCAUUUCAGCAAACACUGGGACAAAUCAUCAUUUACAUUAUAGUUAAUGUAACAUUAGUUACAUUAGUUCUUACUCAACACCCCGAACUGGCAGUUUUAGUCUUAUCAACUUUACGUUUCUUCCGUUUUUGUCACUCUUCUGCUUUGUACACACUGGGAUCAGGUUAGAACCAGAGUUAACUUUUCUGCCAUUUUAGACCUAUUGUGUAAGAGGAGGACUUACUGCAGACUGAAGCAUAAAUAUCAUUGGGUAGGGAGGAGCAAAAACAAAAUGAUUUUAUUGGUAUGCCACUAGGUCCACAUAGCUGGAGUUUUUUUUUAUGGCCUUUUUGGCUUUCACAAAGACUGCUGUUCAUCUGUAGUAAAUGACAUAGUCAGGGUGGCAGAAAUGUAGAGCUGGUUUUCUUUGAUUCUUACUAGACUAUACUUGCAUUGUCAUGUUAUUGUAGAGAGGCGUAAAUUAACUAGGACAUAUGGUUUUGACCAAGCCCUCCUCCUGUAUCCUCCAUAUAACAUUCAAGUCUGUAAUGUUGGGGAUUGAUGGAUAAGGAAGACAGAAAGUUGCUUCUUUGAUAUGAUACUUUUAUAUUAUGAUUUCCAUUUAAUUUGAUUAGCCUCACAGAUGGUAUCACUGCUUUCAAGAUUACACAUAGGGACUUUUUCACAGUGCUACAUUGUUAUGUGCCAUCUUUGAACUGCUGUCAAUGUUUUUGUCUUUAGAUAUAAAGCUGCAGCAAAUAAAGUGUGACUUUGUAACACUAUCCACCCCUGAGUUCCCUUCAGUUCAGUGUCACUAUUUCAGAUGUGUCUUUUUCAGAUACACUGGUGCUUCUUUUCACACAAGUAAUAACAAACACUGUUUUUCUUCAGAGGUCGCCAGUGUCUUUGUGAUGUCUGAAUCUAUGUAAAAGAGAGAUGACAUUUUAGGUGUUUACAAGCCCACACACACACACACACACACACACACCCAUAGAAUGAGCAGCGACCUCAGUAGACUAUAAUGCCACCAAAUGAGUUCGAUGAAAAUUUGACCUGAAUUAGGCUAUAGUGUAUCAUAUUGCUUUUAGCCUUAAACAUGACAUUUAUCACAUAGUAAAUUCAGAGGUCACUGUGUUUUCUGAUAAAGGUUGCAAAAGGCAUGAACAUUCACAGCUGACAGCAAAGUUAUCUUAAUUUAGAAAUGGGGACGAGUUGCUUUAUGCAGUUUCAUUUUUCAUCAUGGAAUUUUGUCAUAUAUAUGAGUAAGCUAUGUAAAU